CCCAAGUCGGGCAUUUUAUUUUUUACUGUGUUUUGUGCUUGUGUCACGCCAAUAUUCACUCAGAAAUUUUCUAGAAGACCUACACCUAUUUUUAGGGAAAAUAUGCCUGAAUUACUUUUACCGAGCAACGCUUCAUUAAUUAGAGAAAAUAUUGUCGACACUUUUUCUUGCGAAAACAGAAUUUAUGGGUACUAUGCAGAUAUUGACAAUGAAUGUCAAGUUUUCCACGUGUGCAUGCCCCAAAAUCGUGGCUCACGUCGCUGGAGUUUUAUUUGUCCUAGCGAAACAGUUUUUAACCAGGCAACAUUUGUAUGCACGAGAAUAAACGAAUCGAUUCCCUGCGAAGAGUCGGAGCAGUACUACAUCCUUAACGAAGACAUCGGGAAGGAAGAACCGGAACCAGAGAACGAGACCAACGAGGUAGAGGAGAACCCAAGCUCCCAAGAACCUUCCUACGCGCCCGAAAACGGGUACACCAACGAUCUGCCUUCCGUGACACCAUUCUCGAGAAGAAAUCCCAGGCCGAGAGUUCUCCGGCGCAGAGGAAAAAACUCACGGUUUGAUACCACUCAGCCGAAUGUAAUCUCAACGACUCCGCUUAAUUUUUAA